AUGAAAAAUAACAUCGUGGAGCCGCAUCCAGCGUACCUGCGGUCUGCGGAGCUUGUGGAGGGGUUUCUGCAAGAUCCCAAGGCUAGUGAAGAGGUGAAACAGCAAGUGCAGCUGUCACUAGACAUUAUCGACGAUGCUCUGAAGCAGUACAGCCUGGACGAGUUAGCACUGUCGUUCAAUGGCGGGAAAGACUGCCUGGUCAUGCUUGUUCUGAUUCUGGCACAAAUGCAUAGGAGGCAUGGGAAAGAGAGUUCCCAGAAGCUGGGGGCCCUCGGCGCCGUCUAUGUCAAAGUGGUCGACCCGUUUCCCCAGGUUGACGACUUUGUAGCCCAGUGUGCAAAAGAGUACCCGCUGGACAUAUAUGCGGACAAUCUGCCUAUGAAAGGUGCACUCGCAAACUAUUUACACAAGAACCCGCAUGUCAAAGCCAUCUAUGUUGGCAUUCGUCGGGCAGACCCCUACGGCGAGUCCCUGAAAUACAUCCAGCGGACUGACCAUGGAUGGCCGGACUUUAUUCGCAUCCAUCCGGUCCUCGAGUGGACUUAUACACAGAUUUGGGAGUUCUUAAUCCAGACUGGCGUCAGCUACUGCAGUCUUUACGACGCGGGAUACACAUCUCUGGGUGGAGUAACUACAACUGUGCGCAAUCCUGAGCUCGCAAACGAUGAUGGAUCCUAUAGACCAGCCCACUCGAUGAAGGAUGGAAGCAAGGAGCGCGUUGGGCGUUUUUCCGCGACAACAAAAUAG